UUUCUUAUCCUAUAUAAACCCCUCCACCCACUCUCCCUUUUCCUCAUCCCUUUUUCUGUCUCUUCCCUCUGUCCCUUGUUUGGAUUCACCCUCUCUGCAAAUCAGAUUUUAUAUUGCUGUUCAAGAAAAAUCACUUUUGCUGGUUACUUGAUCUUCUACCUCCAACAGUCAAGUUUCAUGUCUGAAUUCGACACCCAGGUCCCAUCUGCUUUUGAUCCCUUUGCUGAUGCAAAUGCUGAGAACUCAGGUGCAGGGACAAAGGAGUAUGUGCAUGUCCGUGUACAGCAGCGCAACGGGAGGAAAAGCCUGACUACUGUACAAGGAUUGAAGAAGGAAUACAGCUACAAUAAGAUACUAAAGGACCUCAAGAAAGAGUUCUGUUGUAAUGGUACUGUCGUUGAGGAUCCUGAGUUAGGCCAGGUCAUACAACUUCAGGGGGACCAGAGAAAGAAUGUUUCCUCCUUUCUUGUGCAGGCCGGCAUUGUUAAGAAGGAGCACAUCAAAAUUCAUGGUUUUUGAAUAGCAGCAGCGCCGUUCACCCUAUGUAGAUUACAGUAUCUCAACCUGCAUAGCGAGUAUUAUAUCGCCUAUGUAGAUUUAAGUGUUGCUGAAACUUGUUCUCUUGCAUGCACCUUAUAAAGGUCUGAUACAAUACUUUUGUUUUCGUUAUAGUUCCGCUGCUGUCUAUGCUAUGUCAAAGGAUAAUUCAAAUCCCUUUAUCUCGAAUAAUAUAUUCCUGAUUUCUGCAA